AUGCAGAGUCAGAAUGACUACCUGAGGCAAUGGCUUCCAAGGCAGGAAUCAUAUCUACAUCACCUCCUGGAUCGAGAAGCUCCACCAGAAGAUAGGAGAUGCAUCGUCUGCGACCAGGAUGGGGUCUACAAAUGUCAAGAUUGUCUUGGGGAGCCACUGUAUUGCACUGGCUGUUGCAGAAGUCAGCAUCUUUGCAAUCCCUUCCACUGGAUCAGUCAAUGGAAUGGUCAAUUCUUUGAGCAAAGUUGUCUCGCUCACGUCGGACUCGUCAUACACCUCGGUCAUGAGGGCAAACAAUGUCCGGCACUUACAGACAGGUGGGAUUUGUUCGAAGAAGACGAACCUGAAGAUCAGCUUGAGCCUGAAGAUCUACCGAGUGUGUCGGGACCCGAGUUCCAACCGAAGGAGAACACCUUGGUGAUCAUUGACAAGUCCGGGGUUCAUCGCCUCCAGGUUCGAUGCUGUGAUUGUCCAAAUGCCAUGACUCCAGACCUUCAAAUGUUUCGACAUGGAUUUUUCCCCGCCUCAUUUAACAAGCCGAAGACUUUGUUCACCUUCAGGGUGCUCGAUGAUUUUCUAUUGGACAACCUUGAAUGUGGGACCUCGGCGAUGAACUAUUACAGCAAGCUCCGGCGAAUGACCUCCAACAUGUUUCCACACCUCGUACCGGACCGAUACCGAGAGCUCAUGAGAGUCGCCCGACAGUGGAGGCAGUUGAAGGCCAUGAAAUGGCAUGGAUUCGGCCAUCGUUCCGACAGCCCGAAUGCAGGUGAUCUUGCAUUAUUUUGCCCCGCUUGUCCUCAGCCAGGGAUCAAUGUAUCCUUGUCAGGGGAUGAAUCACUUGAUGAGUGGAAAUACACCCGGUCAUUUGUUAUGGACGGAAAUUUCAAAGCCGAACACCUGCAUCCCAUGAAGCCAUUCGAUGAAGUUUGGCUGUCAGAUGGGUUGGGAUUCAUGGUGGGAAAGGACAGGUAUAAAACUCAUCUCGCAGAGGCUGCCGACACUUUAGAAAAAUCAAGCUGCAGCAAUCACCGGGCAGUAAAUCAAGCAAAUGCGGCUCGGCACAAACUGGAAUCCACAGGCAUCGGGGGAGUAGCCUGUGCUCGACACGGCUGCUUUGUUCCUCACUCGAUGGUAGAUUUUCAGAAAGGCGAAAGACAAAUGAACAUGGACUAUGCCCUUUGUGAGGCUGCCCACCACAACAUGGAAGGCAUAACCAGGGCGGUCACCUUCUAUGAUAUCAACUGUCAAUACAACAAACACUUUCGGGCUCGGGUGGAUCGAAGCCGAUUUCUCGAAAUGGUUCCAGAAUUGACCAUCAUUCCCGGAAUCGGGUUGUGGCACAUACACGGACAUCAGGACAGCUGCUACGUCCGAUAUGCGUCGAAUUUUAUUGAAGGCAUCGGUCGGAUCGAUGGAGAGAUCAUGGAGACCCUAUGGUCACGUCUUAACCUGAUUUCUCCUGCUGCCCGUGGAAUGUCGUCCCCGCAUCGAAAGGAAUGUCUCGAUUAUCAGAUGAACGAUUCCAAUUUUUGCAAGAUGAUCCGCAUGAAAAGGACCCUUUCCCGUAAAUACAAGCAGGCGAAGAAUGGCAUCGCCGAAAGCGAAAAGGCUUUCGAGAGACUUGACGAAGCCGCACCCGGCGAUUCAAAGACAGAAUGGUUAGCCAGCGAGAGCAUCGCUCAGUCCAGCAGAAUAAAUGAUCCUUCGGCUAUGGAUGUAUAUGAGAUCAAUAUCAAGAAGGCACCGAGCAAAAAGGAGAUCGAGCUUAGACUACUGGAGGAGGGUAAUGCCCGAAAUGCAGCGCCUGCUCGUAGAUCUGUGGCGACAUGGAUAUCAAUGGGGUUGGCGAUUGAAGAAGCUCAAAUCGCAUUGCUCAUCGAGAUCCGAAGAAUUGGUAGAAGAACUACCGAGACACAGAGGUUAGACAUCGCCCGGCAACGUGAUCGUCUCCAAGGACAGAUAGAUGGAUUCACUCGGUCUGCUAUCACUCAUCUUGGAGAGGGAUUUGAUGCAGAUGACGAUCCUGAUGACUUGAACGUAGACAUUCUCGAUGAUCUCGAUGAUGACUCGACAGACUUCACAGAGACAUCUGACACGUGGGCGAACUCCCCCGAGCUCACUGUAAUCCCAUUGCCAUCAAACCUUGGGGUAGAUCGAUGCAGACACUGCAUGGCAGAGGAUCUCAUUCCGCUGGAGUUGUCCCUUCGUGAAGGGCAGGCCAACGACUCCCUUCACAACCUCCGAAUUCACUUGUGCAACAAGGCGAUUCUGUUCCGAACGACAGUUAGGCAAGCGAAAUCCCAGGCCCUAAAAACUCGAGCUUGGUCCCAGGUGACGUCCGUGCAGCAGGCAGUGUCCCUGCAUGCAAGUAUAUAUAUGAAGACAAGGAAGCAAAUGAUGCAACUUGAGCCGAGCGAAGACCAGGUGCAGAAAUACAAACCCCUGCUUCGCGAGCAGCUCAAAAUCAGCACUGCCGUCGGCGAUCCAAAUGCCCGAGGUCAGCGAAACGAGUCCCUCGCUUGGUUCUGGUCUGUCGAAGUUGACCUGGGGGGUCCUGAUCAGUCGUGGAAUCAGGAAUUUUACCGAGUGCAUUGGCUUCGGGCAAAGGCCCUACGAGAUAGAUGGAAGGAAGAAAUGAUGUUGGUUGAAUUGGAGAUGGAUUGGACAUACAACUUUUUCUUGUGGAAAGCAACCCAAUGGGGUGACAGGAUGCGCGAGUCAUUGGUGAAACACCUUCCGGGUCAUGCAUGCUACUCGGGAAGGCAAUCCCAAAUGUAUUCAUUGCUGGCACAGGAUGCCCAGGCAGCAUUUCAAGACCUGAAGGGCGGGUUUAUAGAGGCUUCGAGAUGA